AGCUGACGUGGCACAAACCAACAACAACAACAAACAACAACAACAACGGAAACAAUUCCCGCAACAACAACAACAAACGCGCAUUCAUCAUCAUCAAAGCAGCACAACAAACAAAGUACUGCCCCUUCCGCCGCACAGUCCCGACCCCACCCUCGCCAUCAUGAGUGACUUCUCCGACCGCGAACAGCCGGAUGUACUGUGCCUCUUCGACGUCGACGGCACCUUGACGGUGGCCCGCUCGGUCAUUCAGCCCGAGAUGAAGGAGUUCAUGGAGAAGCUGCGUAAGAAGUGCGCCAUCGGCCUCGUCGGCGGCUCUGAUCUCAACAAGAUCGAGGAGCAGAUGGCCGGCACUGCGCGCACCGCCUACGACUUUUGCUUUGCGGAGAACGGCCUCACCGCGUUCAAGGGAGAGCAGGAGCUUGCCACACAGAGCUUCCUCGGCUUCCUUGGCGAGGAGAAGAUGCAGAAGCUGCUCAACUUCUGCCUCAAGUACAUUGCCAACCUCGACAUUCCCCAGAAGCGCGGCACCUUUAUUGAGUUCCGCAACGGGAUGCUGAACGUCUCGCCCAUCGGCCGCAACUGCUCCCGUGCAGAGCGCAACGCAUUUGAGGCCUUUGACAAGGAGGCCGGCGUUCGCCGCACGUUCGUGGAGGCGCUCAAGAAGGAGUUUGACGGCUGGGGCCUGACCUUCUCCAUUGGCGGGCAGAUCAGCUUUGAUGUGUUUCCGAGCGGGUGGGACAAGACGUACUGCCUGCGUCACGUGCAGGAACACGCAAACUUCAAGACCAUCCACUUCUUCGGCGAUAAGGCGUUCGAGGGCGGCAACGACUACGAGAUUUUCCACCACGAGGCGACGACAGGGCACGCCGUCAAGUCGUGGGAGGACACAAAGGCUCAGCUGUCCAAGCUUUUCAACAUCGACAACUAGGCGCACUGUGCUUGGAGUGUACGGAGUGUAGUAAACAAGUGUCAACACCAACA